AUGCAGUACUACAGUGAACUGGAAUUGCAGGGCGCCAUGAUUGCCAUCGCAGGCCUGGGCCAGCUCUCAGCCUCACAGCAGCGCAUGUGCGACGACCUCCUGCAGGCCCUCAUCCCGCGCAACUACCCCGUCGACCCCGAAACUCUCGACAACGUCCGCCGUGAAUUCUGGAACCGCGUCUUCGCCAAGGGCUGGACGACGAACAAGGAAAACAAGGCCCCGGGCCAGCUCCCCAAGCGCACCAACGACGAGGCCUCCCUCACCAUCGGCACCCUCAACCAAGAUGUGCCCAAGAACGGCAGCGUCCCGGGAUACCGCCGCGCCGGCCAAUCCGUCCUGCUGAAGGUCAGCAUGAAGGUCGGCGAUCGCUGGGAGGACGUCGAUGCCAGUUUCUUCUGGGUCGAUCAGCAGGGUCACCGCGGCUCCGAGCUCUCCAACGCUUCGAUCGAUAUCGAGGGCGACCUCACUCUCGAGGAGGCCUCGGUCGAGGUCGGAAUGCACUACGACACCAACGAGAAGGAGCGCGUCGGCGGCUGGAACUGGGACAAGGUCGUCUACUGGGGCCGCCUGCGUCUCCUCAACUUGGCUCUGCAGCUUAGAGUCGCCAACACCGAGGAUACGAGUGAACUGAAGCAGGUUCGGCUGGUCGAGGAGCAUUGGUUGGAGAAGGAGGAGCUUCGAAAAAACUUCUUGGUCCACGAGCAGCUUUUGAGGGGUGAUUAA